AUGACCGCAGCGAUCUCGGCAUCUUUCUUUUUCCUCCAGCACGAUGAGAAGUGGGUUACGGAAAAGCCUUACCACGUCUUGUUCGAUCCUCCAGAAGGGCUGGAAAAGAGCAAUCUGAAUCUACAACAAGUGAAUAAUAUUACAGUGAAGGAUAUUCGGGAGCUCGACUCUCCACCCACCAUCGAGAAGAACGGCUUUACACUGAUCAAGAUUAACCCUGGACCCUUAAAGUCUGAAGAAUUCGACGACAACCAGAAGGUCGCAAAAUUCUUCCUCCCACAAGCCGCUGCAGCCGUGAAAGAAGCACUCGGUGCAUAUCGAAUCCAAUUCUUUGAUACCACAGUACGAAGCUAUGCUCACCUGCAACCCACCUCGAUCGCACACAUUGGUAUAAUGUUCAAGUUAAACCCACAUGAGGCGGUCGAACUGAGCAAAAGGAAAUACCAAUGGUUCAACAUAUGGAUCCCAUUAAAGGGCCCAGUACGCGAUUAUCCUCUCGCAUUACUUGACAUUAGCACAAUAGAUCGAGACGCAGACCUGGCGCAUCAAGACACAGUCAAAAGCGAUGUGGUGCACGAAACAUACCAAAUAUAUAGCAAUAGCAACCACCGUUGGUACUAUGCUAAAGACCAGAUGCCCGACGAGGCCUGGUUAUUUAUUCAGGCCACCUCAGGCGACAACCCUCCACCAGGCAAGAUAAAUGCCGCCCCUGGCCAUUCGUACUUAGCUCAUGCUGAUUACAAUAGGAGUUCCACAUACAUCAUUUGA